CUACAAAGUCCUCAACUUUAUCCUAUCUUCUUCUCCAAAUUCUCUCUUCUCUUCUCUUCUCUACAAAAAUGUCUUCCACUCUCUCCACUGCAUCUCUCCGAUCCCCAUCUUCUUCUUCUUCUUCUUAUCCGUCAAAUUUCUCCCAUUCCCUCAAACCCACUCCUCUCCGCUUCCCCUUUUCUUUCGCCCCCACCAAUCUCUCUCUUCGCCUGAUUCAUCACCGCCCAAUCUCCGCCGUCGCUGUUCCGGAGAAAGUGUCAGAAAUCGGCGAUGUCAUCUCCAAGUUGACUCUCGAAGAAGCACGAACCCUUGUUGAUUACCUCCAAGAGAAACUCGGCGUUUCCGCUGCCUCCUUCGCCCCUGCUCCUGCCACCGUCGCUCCCGGCACUGCUGCCGGAGGUGAUGAUGCGGCUGCUGCUGUCGAGGAGAAAACGGAGUUUGAUGUUGUUAUUGAGGAAGUGCCGAGUAAUGCGAGGAUUGCGGUUAUUAAAUCUGUUAGGGCUUUGACGAGCUUGGCCUUGAAGGAAGCGAAGGAGUUGAUUGAAGGUUUGCCGAAGAAGUUUAAGGAAGGAAUUUCGAAGGAAGAGGCGGAGGAUGCGAAGAAGCAGCUUGAAGAGGCUGGUGCGAAGAUUUCUAUUGUUUGAUUUUGCUGGUUAGUUUCUUCAAUUCUUAAGGUUCACAAUGUAGGCAUUCUGGUGGAACUAGAGUUGGGAGUUAUUAUUAUUAUUUUUUUAUCAUUAACUGAUGAAGAAUUUUGUUGAUAUUCUGCUUUUGAAUGCCUUGUUGUUCAUGAAUUGCUAUGUCUGUGUUUGCAUCGUC